ACGCGCAUGAGCGACAACGUUUUUUUUCAAAUCGUAACCCCGAGACCAGUCCGCAGGCCGCUGCCGACGCGGCCGCGCGCUGCCUAUAUCGAUUGUGAAUUCGCUGUAAAGUAUAAUAAACCAGUGAAGUGACGAUGAGGAGGAACGUUAAGAUCGGGUUCCUCAUGGGAGCAGCCUGGAUAUUUGUUCUGUUCUAUUACAUGCAGACGGAACCACUCACUAAGGAGGAGAACGUAGCGCUGCGACUGAUAAAACAGCAUGUGGACGAACCGGAGAGCAGUCCAGCAGCACCCGAGGAGUUUACUGGCAGUACUGGCAGAUACUUCGACGAGACUGGCUACGUCACUGGCGGGGUCAGAGAUAACGACCCCUACGUCAGGAACAGAUUCAACCAAGCGGCCUCCGACAACCUCCCCAGCAACCGUCUCAUACCCGACACCAGGAACUCGAUGUGCCGUCUCAAGAAGUACGAUGAGGAUCUUCCACAGACCAGCGUCAUCAUAACAUUCCACAACGAAGCUCGCUCCACACUGCUAAGAACUAUCGUGAGUGUACUAAAUAGGAGUCCAGACCACCUUAUAAAAGAAAUCAUUUUAGUCGAUGACUUCAGUGAUAACCCCGAAGAUGGUGCAGCGUUGCGUGCUAUACACAAGGUUCAUGUUAUACGUAACACGAAACGCGAGGGUCUGAUGCGGUCGAGGGUCAGAGGUGCAGACGCGGCCACGGCACCAGUACUGACCUUCCUCGACUCCCACGUGGAGUGUAAUGUGCACUGGCUGGAGCCGUUGUUGCAGAGAAUCAAAGAGGACCCAACUCGGGUGGUUUGCCCCGUCAUCGACGUCAUCAGUAUGGACACUUUCCAAUACAUCGGGGCCUCGGCGGACCUGCGCGGGGGCUUCGACUGGAAUCUAGUGUUCAAGUGGGAGUAUCUAUCGCAAGCCGAGCGCGGCGCCCGACUGAGUGAUCCCACUCAAGUUAUAAGAACCCCGAUGAUAGCCGGGGGCUUGUUUAGUAUGGAUCGGAAAUACUUCAGCAAGCUCGGCAAAUACGACAUGAAGAUGGACGUCUGGGGCGGAGAGAAUUUGGAGAUUUCAUUCAGGGUUUGGCAAUGCGGCGGUUCGCUGGAGAUCGUGCCGUGUUCCCGGGUGGGACACGUUUUCAGGAAGCGCCACCCCUACUCGUUCCCCGGCGGGUCAGGGGCGGUGUUCGCCAGGAACACGAGGCGAGCGGCGGAAGUAUGGAUGGAUGACUAUAAAGAACUCUACUACAGAUCUCAGCCGUUGGCGAAACAAGUGGACUUUGGAGAUAUAUCUGAGCGUGUCUCCAUCCGUCAGCGACUUCACUGUAAGCCGUUCCGCUGGUAUUUGGAGCACGUGUACCCUGAACUCCGCGUCCCCACCUUCGGGAACUCGAUUGCCAUUAAGCAGGGGCCACGCUGUUUAGACACCAUGGGGCACCAGGUCGAUGGGACAGUCGCGAUGUAUCCCUGUCAUAACACUGGCGGGAAUCAGGAGUGGAGUUUCGACAACGGCCUCAUACGUCACCAGUCGCUCUGCCUGGGACUGUCUCAGGAGGACAGCGUGACGGUGGUCCUCGCAGUCUGCGACCCCUCGGACCACAACCAGCUGUGGACCAGGCGGAGGAGUUUCAUCAAGCACAACACCCUCGGCCUCUGCAUCGACUCCGAGCAACCGAUACUCCACCUCCAGCAGUGCGACAACGAGAGACUCAGCCAGCAAUUCGUUUUCUAGUACUCGCUAACUCCACCACAAGCUGACGAACUGUAUUGAGCUUUAGACCAAGUUUCUCACACAUUCCAUGAAUGUGUCCGUCGUGCGGGUGUUUUUGAUUUGAAUCAUUCGUUUUCAUAGCGCGUAAAGAAAUGUGUCCUUUCACAGGUUAACACAAAGAUAUCAGACAAUAGGAAUUGUUAGUAAAAUUUAAUGACUAUGAGACUCGCUUAGUAUAUUAUAUGACAUUUAUACAAGUCCCAAAUAUACCCUAUCAUUAUCCUAUCAUAUGAAUCGUAUACCCAUCUGUAUAUAACCACAUAUAUUAGUUAUAAAAAAGUUACCAGUGUAUAUAGAGUAAGUUAUAAGUUAGAGCCGGGAAAGUGGAAUGUACAUAGCUCUGAAUGAAAAUUUUUUACACUUAAAGUAUUUUUAGUAUUAUUUUUAUGAUUUAGGUUACGUUUGAAACAUUUUUUGUCACAAACUCAGAUAUUUUUAUGUUAAUUUUCUUUGAUAUUACAGUGGUAUAAAUAUAUUCUUAAAAUUUCUUAUGCAAGAGUGAGAUUCUUUAGACGUUUAUCUUACCGGUUGACUAAAAGAACUAGAAAAUAUGUUUAACUAUUAUUUAAAAUACUCAGAAUGUUAUUGGAUUUGUUUUUUUUUUAUUAAUUAAUUAAUUCUAUUAUAAACGUUUUCAAAUAUUUUAUUUUUGUGAUGUUAAUUUUUUUUUAAAUUUUAAUCCUUAUUAUUGUCGUUGACAUGUAUGUAUUCUGUUAAGACAUUUAAUAUUAUGCCAAUCAUUAUCAUAAAACAAAAAAGGUUGGAUAUUUCUUUAAAGAAAAUUUAUUUUGGUUUAUUUUUAUUUAAUCUUAUCAAAAAAUUGUUUAUUUUUUGUGUUAGAUUUUAAAAUUUUAAUUUAUAUAAAACAUAUCAAAUUAUAUUACCUAAAGACGCAUUCACACAAACUGCACCUAAUGACAAUGUUUAUGCAAUGCCACGUGAUCAAAGUGUUCAAUAUCAGAACAUUCCAUUUAGUAUAUAUUUCGCUUAGUUUUAAUUAGAUGUAACGAUAUACAUACCUAUUACAUUGAGGUCAAAACUGUUCUUUGAAACAGCGCCAUCUAGCGGAAUAACUUGAAACUAGUUACAUAAUGAUCGCACCGAAUGUUUCCCUGCAUCAUAAAGUUAUUUAAUAAAUCGUAUAAUUUCUGCUUUUAUACAGGAACAUAACGCGAUUUAUGUCGUUCAAUAUAACUGUACUUAAUUAUAUCAACAGAUUUGCUGAGAAUCUCUAAAAUUUAAUUUAAUUAACGUUGCUAAGAUGGAACAAUGAGAAUAAUAUUAUAAUUUUACAUAACAAUAUAUCGAUGUAGGUACUUUAAAGGAAGUUUAUUGUCUUUUGACACUUGUAGUUAAGGCUAGCUUUGUCAACAUAUACGCCAGCCUGUUUUAUUAUUUCAAAUCUAUAUUCUACUUGCAAUAUUGACUUAUGACAUUAAAAAUUAUUUACCUGUAAAAGGAGAAUUUGAUUUUUGUAAAUCUAAAUAUGUAUUUUUUACAUAAUCUGUGGCAGUGUUGUUUUUUUAUAUUUUUUGUCUGUGACAGGUUACGUCGAACAAAAAUAUUGUUUUAUUCUUUUUAAUACCACAGUCAAAAUAUAUAAUUACAAAACAAUGUGUCCUCGCUAUUAAUUCGUUUUUUUUUUUUAAAACUCACAGCGAUUUUAACCGAUUAAAUUUGAAUUGUAUGUAUAGGUUUCUCUUAAUUGGCUCGCCUAGUCAGAUAUCUCGAACUUAUAAUGCUAAUUAACAAAAUGUUAGUGAGAAUCCUUCAUGUAACAAAUAAAUGUAAUUUUUACGAUGGAAA